AUAUACAUAAAUACAUGUAUAUCUAUAUCUAUUAAAAAAAGAAGCCAUUCUUCGGAUCAGACCAGACCAGAUCAGAUCAGACCAGACCCGGACUAUUGAGGAGACCUGUUAUAUUUUUUUCCAGCCAAAUAUCUCAAACCGUCAGCUAUCUCAGUUACCUGGUGGACAACCCAAAGACAAUAAUGGUUCACUGUGCGGGGUGCGAGAGGCCUAUUCUCGACAGAUUCCUUCUCAACGUCUUGGACUUAGCUUGGCAUGUCAAGUGUGUUCAAUGCUGUGAAUGUAAAUGCAACCUCACCGAGAAGUGUUUUUCGCGAGAAGGGAAACUCUACUGUAAAAGCGACUUCUUUCGGCGUUUUGGUACAAAGUGUGCUGGCUGCUACCAAGGCAUCUCGCCCAGUGACCUCGUCAGAAGAGCGAGGAGUAAAGUAUUUCACCUGAACUGUUUUACCUGUAUGAUCUGCAACAAACAGCUUUCCACGGGCGAGGAGCUCUACAUCAUAGACGAGAACAAAUUCGUUUGCAAGGACGAUUUUCUAAGCAGCAAUAAUAACACGAAAGAAAACGGCACUCUCUCAACAGUUUGCAGCGACCCGAGUUUAUCGCCCGACUCUCAAGACCCUCUACAGGACGACACGAAAGACUCGGAGAGCGCAAACAUCUCGGAUAAAGAGACCACCAACGCCGAGAACGAGGAGCAGAACCUGGGGGCCAAGCGCAGGGGCCCCCGCACCACCAUCAAAGCCAAGCAGCUGGAGACCCUCAAAGCGGCUUUCGCGGCGACCCCCAAACCCACCCGACACAUCCGAGAACAGUUAGCUCAGGAGACGGGGUUGAACAUGAGAGUGAUCCAGGUCUGGUUCCAGAACAGGAGGUCCAAGGAGAGGCGAAUGAAACAGUUGAGUGCUUUGGGGGCCCGGAGACACGCGUUUUUCCGCAGUCCCAGACGGAUGAGGCCCCUGGGAGACCGCCUGGACGGGACAGACAUGAUGGGCAAUGGGCCUUUCAAUUACUACGGAGAUUACCAGACGGAAUACUACGCCAGCAAUUACGACUUCUUCCCCCAGAACGCGCCCCCUUCGCAAGGGCAGACGCCCGCGGAGCUGGGUUUCGUACCGACCCCCGGCCCUGUGCCACCCCCUCUCGGCGGGUUGGAGCACCCGUUGCCCGGACACCACCCGGCCAACCUGCAGGCCACCGGCGACUCGCAACGCUUCACCGACAUGAUCUCCCACCCUCACGGCGACUCGCCCAGCCCCGAACCCGGGCUGACGGGACCCUCGCUGCACUCCAUGGCGGCUGAUGUCUUCGGCUCCGGCCCCAGCCCGGCCUUCUCCCUGUCUAACGGGGCUUACACCGGCCACUUGUCGCACCCGCCUCCAGAGAUGAACGAAGCUGUCGUGUGGUAACUUAACGUCUGGCCUGGCGAGCGGAAAA